UCGUAUAGGUGGCUACAGCAUAUUCGAACGGUCACUGAGGCUGCUUUUUCAGUAUCAAAUAAUGUGACGGUACAUAGCGGAAAGAGUUUAUUCGACGAUGGUAUGUGCAUAUUACCUCCGUUAGACAAAACAAUGCGAAUAGUGAACAUUGAUAACUAUGUGCCACAAGAUCACCACAAAUUUGCUCAUGGAACAGUACUACAGGUGGGUUGCGCCAUCAGCGGCAGAGCCGAUGACUAUAUGGAGUUCAAAUGUCGCCGCGGAAAGUGGAGCAAAAGGAAUCGCAUCAAUUGUGAUAUUCAUGGGCGACCUUGCGAAUUUAAGGUGCAGCUAAAUUCACGUACUCUCGUGUAUCACGUUGAGAAGAAGGAACCCGUCCUUUUUAAUCAAUAUUUUGCAGAAGGAUCUCAUCUGCUCGUUCGCUGUGUGAACGUUGGAACCGAUCGACUCAAAGGCAACUCGGAACUGACCUGUCACGAUGGUGUCUGGUCACACCCGACACCUUACUGUAUUCCACUCGAUCCUCUCAACAGGAACAAGGACUCGCCACCGGUAUUGGUCGAUGUCGUAAACGGCGCUUACGCGUACUCGCCCAUUGGCGAGCUGAUCGUAUCCCGUAGUGCUACCGUAACAUUUUCGUGUCUUUCACCGAAAAGAACUGCAAAAUCGAAAUGGGAGUUCUCCUCUACCUACCGAAGCUAUCCACAGUUGUGGACAAGGAUGGAAGCUCUUGGUGCAGAGAAAGUCGACGCCAAUCCAGGUGAGUUGCCGAUA